AAAACAUUAUCAACAAAAGUUAAAUGGUAAUGUUUGUAAUGUUUCACCAAAUUUCUGAUAAUAUAAAAUAAAAGUUUUUUCAUUGUUAAAAAUAAAAUGAGACAUCUUAAACAGAACAAUUAAAGAACAGUAACGAAGGCCUAAAUGAGUACGGAACAGUUAGCUUGGUCUUAAAUCUUUCUACUCCGUAUUCCCGCACUACGGGGUUGAGUAGUUGUUGUUGAGUUCUUCCCUGCAUCAAUGGCGGGCACGGCCUCACCAAACCUCCCAAAUCUUCCAAAAGUCUUACUCCUAAAACCCCCACCAAUCUACCUCCGCUACGAAUCUCAAUUCUCUCUCCAUUUCAACUUCCUCAAAGCCUACGAUUCCCCACUCUCCCUCCCGGAAUACAUCGCCGCCACAAAUUCCACCGACGUCGCCGCCACAUUCGUCACCAGCCUUGGACCUCGGAUAAAUGCCGCCGACAUCCUUGACCACCUUCCUUCCCUUCGUUGCAUCGUCACCUCCACCAUCGGCGUCGACUUCAUCGACCUUGACGAGUGCCGCCGCCGUCAAAUCACCGUCGCCAAUGCCGCCGAUGUUUUUGCCUCUGACUGCGCUGAGUCUGCGGUUGGUCUGCUAAUUGACGUACUGCGGAAGAUAUCUGCUGCUGAUCGUUUCGUUCGGAGCGGAAAUUGGAGCGCUUCAGGCGGUUUCCCUUUGGGUAAUCGGCUAGGACAUAAAAAGAUAGGGAUUGUGGGUUUGGGAAACAUUGGCUCAAAGAUUGCAAAAGGACUUGCAAGUUUCAAUUGCAGCAUAUCAUACACCUCCAGGAAAAAGAAGCCUUCUGUCCCAUACUCGUUUUAUCCAGACAUCCACACAUUAGCAUCAGAUAGUGAUGUUCUUGUAAUAUGUUGUCCGUUAACUGAUGAAACGAGGCAUAUGAUAAACAAGGAAGUUCUACUGGCUUUGGGAAAGGAAGGAGUUAUCAUCAACAUUGCCCGUGGUUCUGUAGUCGACGAGAAAGAGUUGGUGAGAUUUUUACUGGAAGGCCAAAUAGCAGGUGCUGGACUAGACGUUUUCGAAAAUGAGCCUAGUGUGCCAAAAGAGCUACUGGCAUUAGACAAUGUUGUUCUGUCUCCUCAUCUUGCUGCUUGCACAGAGGAGGCCUUCCAUGAUUUGUACCAACAUGUCAAAGGAAACUUGCAAGCUUUUUUCUCAAACAAGCCACUACAUUCUCCAAUUGUCUGAUACACGUACCACUCCGUUUGUCAUUUUUGUACUGUAGAAGCAGCAAUUAGCUGUUUCUUUGUAACAUUAAACGUUGUGUGGUAGGCAUUUCUCCACUAUAAACAAGGUUGCUACCAGACCGAUUUAACAUCAUUAGCUAGAAAAUUUACAAAUUUUGCUGGUGGAUUCUGAAUUUUUUCAAUGUCUGUAACCAAUUCAAGCCAGCACAUCUAUGGAUUUUAUAGCUAUUUAAUAUCAUUUAAUAUCGACAUAGGAUACUUUGUCUA